CGUUUAUGUAGGUUUAUGUUAUACUUUCGCUACGGCUUUCCUUCCGACGGUCAACUUGAACCUGCGCUGAUGACGUUCCAACCGACUCCAGCAAGCAUCCCACCGCGCGACAACCGACUUACCCUACGGCAACCCUCUGGUCUCCCACCAAACAUCCAACCUCUGAAUCCACUACAAUUUAUUCUGCGAGCAGCAGAGAUUUAUCCGAAUCAAGUUGCCCUCGUCCAUACUGAUUCGCCAGCUUGGUAUACCUACUCAGUGUGGUGCCAACGCGUCCAGAACCUAGCCUAUGCCCUCCUACAAGCAGGAGUCAAGCCUGGAGAUCGCGUAGCGGUCAUUGCCCCAAACUCACCCAUGACAGCCGAUGCGCACCACGGCGUGCUCGCCGUCCAAGCGGUUCUAUGCCUGAUCAAUACCCGACUUAAGCCUUCUGAUGUGGCUUACAUUCUGGAACACAGUGGCUCAAGCAUAAUCCUCGUCGAUCACGAAUACACACACCUGCUUCCGAGUAAUCUAAAAGUUCCUGUGAUCGUUAACAACGACACUGGAAAGCAAGGAGACCCCUAUGAAGAUUUCUUGACAGUCGGUCGCAAGUUCAGCAAGGAGAGAGGGUGGCCUGAUCUCGAGUAUAACGCUGACGAGAACGCUGCUGCUGUUCUCUGCUAUACCUCGGGAACUACCGGUCGACCCAAGGGAGUCAUCACCACACUGCGGGGCUCAUAUCUUGCGGCGGUGGCAAAUGCAUAUGAAUCGAAUAUUCGUCGCGAUUCGACCUAUCUUUGGAUCUUACCAAUGUUCCACGCAGGUGGCUGGACAUUUCCCUGGGCGUGUGUUUUCGCGAUGGGAAAGCAGAUUACCAUGCGAACAGUCGACUACCCCACGAUUUGGAAGCAUUUCUUAAACUCUUCUGUGACACACUAUUGCGGAGCCCCAACAGUUCAAGUUGUGUAUACCAUUCACUAUGGGCAGCGGCUUACGAGUAUUCAGAUUGGUAUUGUCAAUGACCCUGCAGCACGUCUAUUAAAGCAGAAGAUUUCGGCUAUCAUCGCCGGUGCUGCACCGACAGCCAAUCUCAUAGGAUCACUCGAAAGCAUUGGAAUAACACCCAUCCAUGUUUAUGGUUUGACGAAAUCCCAGUAUGGUCCCUUUACACGUAACUACCCGCAAGAUUCAUGGGCCAAACUAUCAAUUGAGGAGCGCUCCAAAUUCAUGGCUCGUCAAGGCCAUAGUUUUGCAACUGCCCAGGAUGUUCGGGUCGUCUACCCACCCAAAGACGGAUCUGACCAACUUGUGGAUGUACCCCGGGAUGGGAAAGCCAUUGGAGAGAUUGUCACUCGAGGAAAUAUCGUCAUGAAAGAAUAUUUCCGCGACCCAGAGGCUACGGCCAAAGCGUUCCGAGGAGGUAGCUUCAACUCAGGCGACCUUGCAGUCAUGUUUGAGGACGGAUCCAUUGCUAUCGUUGAUCGCCAGAAGGACAUCAUCAUCAGUGGUGGAGAGAACGCCUCUAGCCUAGCCAUCGAACAGGAAUUGGCAAGCCAUCCCGACGUCUUGGAGGUCUCCGUUGUUGCUCGUCCUCACGCUAAAUGGGGUGAACGCCCUCAUGCGUUUGUCAUUCUCAAGCCACAUGCCUCCAAAUGGAAGGGAAAACACGAUGCCUUUGUUAGCGAUCUGAAAGAGCACGCCAAACACAGACUGCCGGGUUUUGCUCGGCCAGAGUGGAUCACAGUUGUCGAAGAACUCCCCAAAACAUCCACAGGCAAGAUCGUCAAAGUUGAGCUCAGGAAGAUCAUCGCCAAGUUGUGA